CAUUAUCAUCUUCUCAUUUCCACUUCACCACCAACUCAGCCAUGGCCGCCCACUCUAUGAUGCUCUCCACCUCCUCCUCCCACACUCUCUUCGCCCAUAUCCAAACCCCACCAACUCUCCGCUCCUCCUUCCACGGCGUCUCCCUCAAGCUCCCAAUCAAAUCCGUGUCCCUCUCCGCCGCCGCAACCGCCCCUAGGCGCCUUGCCGUCGUCGCCGCCACUAAAAAAGCCGUCGCCGUCCUCAAGGGCACUUCCGCCGUCGAAGGCGUCGUCACCUUGACCCAAGAAGACGGCGGUCCGACAACUGUUAAUGUUCGUAUUACUGGACUCACUCCUGGGCCUCAUGGGUUCCACUUGCAUGAGUUUGGUGACACGACAAAUGGAUGCAUUUCCACAGGACCACAUUUCAAUCCUAAUAACUUGACUCAUGGAGCUCCUGAGGAUGAAGUCCGUCAUGCGGGUGACCUGGGAAACAUAAUUGCUAAUGCUGAUGGAGUGGCAGAGGCAACAAUCGUGGAUAGCCAGAUACCAUUAACUGGUCCUAAUGCUGUAAUUGGAAGAGCCUUGGUGGUUCAUGAACUGGAGGAUGACCUUGGAAAGGGUGGACACGAACUCAGUCUAAGCACUGGCAAUGCGGGUGGACGAUUGGCUUGUGGUGUGGUUGGUUUGACUCCAGUGUGAGAAUAAUGUUUCUUCAUCGAAAGCAGUUUGGCAUGUUGAAUUGGCUGCUUCUGUUGCAAAAAAAAUCUCAUAUAGAGCUUUGAUCUAUUGAGGGUGUAAUGUAAUAUAUACUAUGGACAUUGGUAGUUACGUUUAUGGAAUAAUUUUACCUCAAUAAAUUUCAGUUUCAUUGCAUUGCCAUUGAGGCAGGUGCAGUACACAAUA